AUGGCAGCAACCGCCGCAAGAACAUCGUCGUCGCAACUUCUUCUCUCGAGCUCUCGCCACGUGGCGACCGCAUCGCAGCCGCGAAUCCUUUUCCCGAGAUCUCUGUUCUCCGGCGGGAAGCGAGCAGCCGGGAAAAAUCAUCAUGCAGGCGGUGGAGUGAGGUGUAUGGCGGUUGCGGCGGAUGCUGCUGCGGCGGCGGAGACGAAAACUCCGGCUAGAAAGAGGAGUGGGUACGAGCUUCAGACGUUGACGAGCUGGUUGCUGAGACAGGAGCAGAAAGGAGAGAUUGAUACAGAGCUGACGAUAGUGAUGUCGAGCAUAGCGAUGGCUUGUAAGCAGAUCGCUUCGCUGGUCCAGCGCGCCGGAAUCUCUAAUCUUACCGGAGUUCAAGGCGCCGUCAACAUUCAGGGAGAGGAUCAGAAGAAGCUUGACGUCGUCUCUAAUGAGGUGUUUUCCAACUGCUUGAGAUCAAGUGGAAGAACGGGAAUCAUAGCGUCGGAGGAAGAGGACGUGCCAGUGGCAGUGGAGGAGAGUUACUCCGGCAACUACAUAGUCGUCUUCGACCCUCUCGACGGUUCCUCCAACAUCGACGCUGCAGUCUCCACCGGUUCCAUCUUCGGUAUCUACAGCCCCAAUGACGAGUGUCUCGCCGACGACUCCGACGACAUCGCCGCUCUUGGGACAGCAGAAGAAAGGUGUAUAGUAAACGUGUGCCAGCCAGGGAACAACUUGCUAGCAGCAGGCUACUGUAUGUACUCGAGCUCUGUCAUCUUCGUUCUUACCUUAGGCAAAGGCGUUUUCGCCUUCACCCUCGACCCAAUGUACGGCGAGUUUGUCCUCACGCAAGAGAACAUCGAGAUCCCUAAAGCCGGCAAAAUCUACUCUUUCAACGAAGGUAACUACCAGAUGUGGGACGACAAUCUCAAGAAGUACAUCGAUGAUCUCAAGGACCCUGGUCCAAGUGGGAAGCCUUACUCUGCAAGGUACAUCGGGAGUUUGGUCGGAGAUUUUCACAGGACUUUGUUGUACGGUGGGAUUUACGGGUACCCUCGUGACGCCAAGAGCAAAAACGGAAAGCUUAGGCUUUUGUACGAGUGCGCACCCAUGAGUUUCAUCGUUGAACAAGCCGGAGGAAAAGGAUCUGAUGGUCACCAGAGAGUACUAGAUAUCCAACCAACCGAGAUACAUCAGAGGGUUCCACUUUACAUUGGAAGCACAGAUGAAGUGGAGAAGCUGGAGAAGUACUUGGCUUGA